CUCCACGGUCUCGUCCAGUGUCUCGAAGCCGAGAACAGAGCACCGUCGACGGGGUCUAACCGGGCUGUCAACCGAGCUCCAACGGCAGUCAUGGCGGCGCCGUUAGCCCACUUCGACGAGGACUGGCAGGACUUUAACGAGUUCCAGCCGGCGUCGACCGACCAGCUGGACCAGUUGAACUCAAACGUGGGCGAACCGUCGUCGGGCCUCGACGAUUUCUCCGACCUGGACAACAGUUUCUCCGGUGAGAUCUGCAGCUUCAAAUCGAUGGAGGACCUCGUCCAAGACUUCGACGAGAAGCUGACGGUGUGUUUCCGAAACUACAACACGGCGACGGAAAACAUCGCGCCCGUUAAACCCAUCACGGAGGACAACUACUUGAAGGACGACGAGGUGUGGAACGCUCUGACGGAUAACUAUGGCAACGUGAUGCCGGUGGACUGGAAGACGUCGCACACUCGCUCCCUCCACCUGCCCACCCUCAACAUCAUUGAGUAUGAGAAGUCGGACAACCAGUCUCUGGAUCUGUCCGACGACGAGGAGCUGAGGGAGCAGAUGGACAUGCACUCCAUCAUCGUCUCCAGCAUCAGCGACGAGCCGCUCUACACGGCCGAACAGGUGAUUGAGGAGCUCGAGGAGAUGAUGCAGGAGUCUCCAGACCCGGAGGCCGAUGCGAGUCCCUCCCAGUCCGACCUGUCCAUGCUGUCUCAGGACCUCCACGCCCUGAAACGCUCCGGCUCCCACACCAGCUACGAGGACCGGCUGCGUCAGCUGUCGGUGUCUGAGCUGACCAAGACUCUGGAGGAAGUGGAGACGGCCAUCCGCUACAGUGAAGAGCUGAUCCAGGCUCUGGCCCUGCGGGAUGAACUGGACUAUGAAAAGGAGGUGAAGAACAGCUUCAUCUCGCUGCUGAUCGACGUGCAGAACCGGCAGAAGGAGCACCGCGAGCUGCUGCGCAAGAAGAAGAAAAUCCGAAGCGCGACGACCACCAGGCCCAACGGCCACCGGACGACCAGCACGCACGUCCCGGGCACGCUCCUCACUCUGGAGGGACUCUCCAAUGUCAUUCAACAUGGCCUCCGUCAAACUUUUGGCAGCACAGGAGGGGACAAACAGUACCUCACCACAGUCAUCCCUUACGAGAAGAAAACUGGCUCUCCAGUGUUAGAUGACCUCCAGAUCCUCACAAAGAUCCUCCGCGCCAUGAGGGACGACAGUGAGAAGGUCCCCGCCCUGCUCACAGACUACAUUCUCAAAGCUCUGGUUUGAGAGCAGUGGAAACGGAGUGCUUUGCCCGACGUAGGCGAGCCUUCCUGCUGCCAGAACCACUCAUUGGACCAUCAGAAGAGGGUUCUGGUAAUCGGGAAGAACCCAGGAAAUGGAUUCACAAUCUAAAUCUUUUUUUUGUUUUGUUUUUCCUUUCUUUUGGACUACGACGACUUUCUUUCCUCGUGGCAUUUCUUUUUCGUUCUCCUCUCCCUCCGUUUGUUUUCCCUACCAUUUUAACUCUAGAUAUAACCCCUUAGUCUUGAUGGUUCUUUUCACAUGUGAUGUUUUAUCUUUUUAAUGCCCGCGUGCCACAACCCGUUACACCCUGACUGCAUGACGACCUGCGUAUGAAUGCCAGUAAUCGGUAUUAGUCUGAGCGUGUCACUGAUUAGUCAGUGGCUCUCGAACGGAGAAGGAGUCGGGUGUAUUUUAAUUCCACGAGCUUCAUCAGCAGGCCGGUGCGAGGGAAAUGCCGUUUUGUAAAUCGGAUGCAUUUGCAUCGUGUAUUUCAUGCCUGACGGGGAAACAAAUCCUCAAUCUCUGGAGUGGUUGUCUGGUCUCGAGCAUGAAUCCUGGGUUUGUUUUCUUCCCUGUGUAUUUAAAAAAAAUUAUAAAAUCCAAAUUCGUAGGGCGAACCCGUCUUUCUGCACGUUGGUUUGGGUUCACGCUCAGUUUGGGCUGCGAGUCGAAUGUUUAAAAUGAAAUAUUUUGUAUACGAUCAAAAAUUUGCACUGGACUUUUAACUUUUUGAAAAAAUAAAAACACAAACUUAAAAUAAUAGCUGGAUGAACAAACGUGUAAAGCAUUUUUUUGGGAGAAAUAAUUGUUUUUAGUGAGAUUACUCGCCGGUCGUCAUCUUUUUGUGACCACACAGCUCAGUGGGGAAAGGGGGUCGUCCUGCAACCCCAAGGUCGUCGGUUCGAUCCCCGCUCUCCCCAUUCGUUGCAAGUCAAAGUGUCCAUGAGCAAGGCACUGAACCCCCAGUUGCUCCCCGGGCGCAUCACUGCAGCCCACUGCUCCUCAAUAACUAAGGAUGGGUUAAAUGCAGAGAACACAUUUGGUUGCCUGUGUACCUGUACACCCCCGACAACUUUAUCGCCGCCCACGAGUCGUCAUUACACGAGACCUCGUGACACUUUUUUUUUUUUUUUACAUCGGUAGAAAAUGAGCGACCCGGUCGCGUCGUUAAGAUAAAUAUUGUUGUUAGGAUAAUGUUAGGUUUAAUAAAUGUUGAGUUAAGCUUCUGUUCUAAGUUGUGGGUUUUCUCUGUGAGCCCUUUAACUUUUGUGGAAAUGUUGUAGCAGCACUUUAGUGCGUCUGUGCUCUAGUCGUGGAUUAUGUGGUGGACGUACUUCAGACUGCGUCUCACUAGAUUAGUGUUCGAUGAGGCUUCAGCUAGCGCUGCCUAAAUGUGUCAACAUGAAGGAUUGUUGUCCUUCAUCUGUCUAUUCACCUUUAUUAGUCGUCACGAGCAUGAUCCUUUCAACCUUAAGGGGGGGGGGGGGUACACAUUACAUCCAAAAGCCUUUGUUAGGAACACAGGGGCAGUGGAGUUUAAAAGAUGUGAGAAUCAAAUGAGAAGACACAAUCGAUGUGAGUUAUUAGGGGAAUCGGAGGUCGGGGUGUUUCUUUUGGGGCUCGACACUAAAAGUCCAAAUAUCUCCGUCUAUCUGUUUAACGCAUCUCGCGCAAAGUCUCCCGAACACCUCGGGUGGCGCGGCACCACGUCACGGGCCGACGUUGAAGAUCACCGGCUGCGACGAUGUCAGGAGGCGUGUGGCAGUGAAAAACAGAAAUCAUCCCUCAGUUGAUCCUCGUUUUACAAAAAGCUAAGAAGGUCCUUUUUAGUUUUAUAUCUGAAAUGGCAGUCGUGGAUCCCAUACCGAGCCAGAACCGCUCAUCUGGUCUCCAGUUAUCAGACAUACCAGUGUAACUGCAAUUUAGAGAUUUAUAUUUAUAUAUGUACAACGAAACGAGCAACCGAAGAAGACAAAAAAAGAGGCUGCCUUUGUAAAUGCUUGAAGAUUUUGUACAUUAAAACGACUCGUUUUGUUUUUAAAUGCAAUAUAAUUCCCCAGUUUGGAGGUUUUAUGUUUCUCUCAUGUGGUCCUGCAGUAUAUUAAUUUAUUAUGUAAAUGUUUUGUAACCAUAUUAUGGACUGUAAUGGUACACGUGUUUUAAUGCCCACAAUGCAUUGCAACUCAUUUCAAAUAAAUGAAUAUGUGAAGAAUU